CUUCUAGACAUCGUCUCCAUCAGAGCCAAUUACCAACAUCAGGUAUGCCCAUAUCUAUCUCACUGUCAAGCUGACGAUUCUAUGAUGCUGGGUGGCCUCGUGGGAGAGAAUAGGCUCUGUAUAAAUGGAAGAACACGGACAGAUUCCACCGUUACAGUCCCGUAUAGCAUCCCUGGUCCAUGCUCACUUCGAUGCCUUGCCAGCACACAGCAAGCCUAUCAUUCAUCCUGACGGUUGGAGGGAAUGGAUUCCCAUGACUGGGAUUGUGAUUGUUAAAGGAGAAAACACUUGUUCGGAAACAUUAACCUGUGUUGCUGUUACGACCGGAGCAAAAUGCCUGUCUGCUUCACAAGUCCCUCGGUGUCGUGGAUUAGUGCUGCAUGAUUGUCAUGCGGAGAUACUCGCCAUACGAGCCUUCAAUUACUGGCUAUUAAACGAAUGCAGUGGUGUUCUGGCUCGAGAGAGAAAUCUUGACUCGUAUUCCAAUGAGACACAAUCGCCAGCGGCAAAAAGAAAUAUUAACGGAGAAGCAACAGCAUCCCCAUUUGUCCGGAGAAGAAGGCUUAACACGGAACUACCUUCUCUAUCAUCGCCAUCAUGGCCGCCCUUCGAGCUACAGCCAGACAUCAAAAUCUAUAUGUAUUGUACAUGUGCUCCUUGUGGCGACGCAAGCAUGGAGCUCUGCAUGGCUGCCCAGGAAGACGCAACGCCAUGGGAAAUAACAAGGAAGGCCCCGAGUAGCGGUGGUAGCGAUACGGACGCCUCAGAACAAGCAGGAAGCAGUAGUAGCAGCGCUGUCCCAAUUCUCCUGGAUGGCCGUGCUCAUUUCUCUCUUCUCGGCGUUGUCCGUCGCAAACCAGCCCGUGCCGACGCGGAAUCCACACGCAGCAAGUCAUGUUCGGAUAAACUCGCACUACGACAAGUGUCCUCCUUGCUCUCAUACGAGACCAGUCUUCUCGUCGCACCAACCGAGAAUGCAUACCUGGAAGGACUGAUUCUUCCCGAAGCAGAAAUAAGUCGUGGAGCCUGCGAGAGAUCUUUCGGUGGAACAGGUCGCAUGAAGGGACUUGAAGGUCGAUUCUGGCCACAACAGAGCCAGGUAGACGAUGGAGAGGAAAGAAAAAUAACCGGAUACAGAUUCCGACCUUUCAAAGUCCUCUCAGUUCUAACUGAACAGGUCGAGACACUCUGGCCAUUUGGGAAACCAAAGAGUGACACCAUUCCCGUUGUAUCACCAUCACCGCAGACCUCCGUGGUCCAUGUACAUGCACUCCAGGGACCCCCACCAUCGAACAAUAAACCAGCAGUCAAGAAAAGCAGACCGGGAAACGCUUCAGCCAUUUGGGUCCUUGCACCAUCAUUCUCCUCCACCCUUCCCUGUGAUAAGGAUAAGGGAGCCAAGUCACUGCCGACGCUUUGUAAAUCAAAGACGGGUCUAUAUGAAACCAUCAUCAAUGGGGUGAAGCAGGGAAGUCGCGCAACUGUACCCUCGGCAAAGGGCGCUUCUUCUCUUUCACGGGCGAAGUUAUGGGGUGUUUUCCGUGACGUUGUACAAUCUUUUUCAAGUUCUUCGAUAUCGCUUGACGAACUUAAGUUUAACAGAGGUAAUGGAGCUGACACCUUAAGGGAGCGCGGGCAACAUGGUGAGCUUUUGCGACUAGUCGAAGCUCCUACGUAUAAGGAUUUCAAGAGAACUUCUGGGAUAUCGAUUGAUUCCGUUUCGAUACGACAACAAGCUAUAGAAGAUGCUAGGGAUAUUUUGAAGGGAUGGGUACCCAACGCUGGUGAUGAACAUUGGGGGCUUGAUGUUUUGAUUGAUCAUAAAAAAAGACAUGGUUAA